AGUCCAAUCCGGGAGCCUCCUCCUACCUUUCAACAUCUUUAAGAGCGACGCCUUAAACCAUAAGGCAGAUAACCCAGCGAGUCUUUCCACAUCACAAUACAUACAAAUCCUACAAGAUGGCGUCCGGGAACAUCAACGUCUUUGUAACAACCUUCUCAGGCUUAGGCCUACCUCCUACUCUAUCCCUUCCUAUUCCUCCAACCGCAACUCUUUCAGACCUUCACCAUCGCAUCGAGGACCGAUUACCGCAAAUAGAUUCGCGACUUAUCCUGACCACCGUAUCAAACAAACAAAUCCUCUCUACUUCUAGAGAUCUAGUCUCUACUCUGUGCGACUCUGAUGAUGUAUUCUUGUCUCUACGAUUAUCAAUCCCGCUAUGUGGUGGCAAGGGUGGUUUCGGCUCUCAGCUCCGAGCAGCCGGUGGCCGAAUGUCUUCGAAAAAGAAGAGGAACCGCGGCGACGAAAAUGCAUCUAGCAGGAACCUAGACGGUCGCCGAAUAAGAACAGUCAAUGAGGCUAAGGCGUUGGCCGAAUACCUGGCCAUUAAGCCUGAGAUGGAGCAGAAGGAAAAGGAAAAGCGACGCGCGCGCUGGCAGCAGGUCGUCGAUGCCGCUGAUGAGAGAGAACACGAGAUUAAGAACAGCACCAAGGGCCGCUUAGAUGGCAAGUGGGUUGAGGACAAGGAAGAGGCUAGCGAGCGAACGCGCGAGGCAGUUCUCGCUGCUAUAAAGGCAGGAAACUACAAAGACAACCUGCUCGGCACAUCGCAUGGCUCCGCCUCCACGGAGGAUAUGGACGAAGACUCAAGCGAAGGAGAAGAUUCUGAAGAGUCAAGCGGCUCGAAGGCUCCAACUCCGCCGACGAAUACGAAGUCAAAGAAUACGACGUCAAAGAAGCCCGUGACGAGAGCGUUCGCCGGAUUUGACGAAGAUGACGAGUUUAUGAGUUCUUCAGAUGAGGACGAGGAGAAGAAAUGAGGAAAGGAGAGCAUGUUACUAAUGAUACCCCCAAAAGAUGAAAUAAUCAAGACUUAUUCCCGGGUCAACUUUCUAGGCCCCUAUACUCUAUCCUGAUUCUUUACACCAGCAAUCAUUAGUAUCAAUCAGGUAUGUGUAUGUAGUUGAGUUUAAACAGCGCGCUUUUUAGUCGUUAAUCGUUCACACUUACCUGGAUUUGCACUUCAUAUGCUUGUAACCUCACUUAUAUAUAAGAGGUACUAAGGUUCAAAGCAACGCCGCGAUCACGAAAAUGACUAAAGUACCAUGGAGCAUAGUGAUUUUACGGAAACUUAUGACGAUGCCGAGGGCGUUGGCUUCGUCAAACUAUCUUUACGAGAUAUCUAGCUUAUAGAGAAGAGUUAAUCAAAUUACAAUCAAAUAUAUAUACAUACACUACC